CUUUGGCGCUGGGAAAAUGGCUACUUGAUCAACAAGAAGUCUGGGUUGGUUAUGGAUAUUCGUGGUGGUAAUCUUUUGUCCGAUAGUUAUAUUGUCCAGUAUGACCGCAAAAUGACUCAAGCUCACAACCAAAGAUGGGGCUAUCGUGAUGGGUACAUUUACUGUUUAGCCGAUCCCCGUCUCGUUUUGGAUAUAAGAGGUGGUGGACAUAAGGAAGGUACCAGAAUUUGUUUAUACACUCGUAAGGAUUCCGAUGACAAUGAGAACCAACAGUGGAUUGUUGAGCCUUAU